GCGUUCAUGUGACACCACGGGGGAGCCACCGGUGGCUGUGUUGCUGUUCCGCGGCUCCUGGUUCGCUGCCGCCAUGGUGCCAUCCCCGCUCGUUCUGCUGCUGGUCCUGGGCGCCGCCGCCACCGCUCUGGCCGAACCCCUCCGCUUCGUCGACUGCGGUUCCAUAGACGGCAGAAUCCAGGAGGUGAAUGUGAGCCCCUGCCCCACGCAGCCCUGCCAGCUCGUUAAGGGGACAUCCUACAGCAUCAACGUCACCUUCGCCAGCAAGAUCGAGAGUCAGGGCAGCAAAGCGAGGGUGUACGGUGAGAUGCUGCACGUGGACAUACCAUUUCCCAUCCCUGAGCCUGAUGGAUGCAAGUCCGGGAUCCAGUGCCCCAUUCAGAAGGGCCAUUCCUACAGCUACCUGAACAAGCUACCUGUGAAGAGCGAGUACCCCAGUAUUAAACUAGUUGUGAAGUGGGAGUUGGUGGAUGACCAGGACCAGAUGUUGUUCUGCUGGAAGAUACCAGUUCAGAUCACCAGCUGAGGAGCCCUGCUAUUAUUAGGGCUUAAGGAGGAGAAAAACAGGAGACAACA